AUGGGACAGAUUGUGGACACCCCUUUCUUUACACUGGAACUUGAGCAUGGUGGGCUUUUCUGUGGACCAAGAAAUAACAUGGAGUACUAUAAUCCUUCUGUGGAGGUGAUUGACUAUGUUGAUGCUGGCACAUUCUCAUAUUCAGCUAUUGAAGAGCACUUGCUAUGGUUGGGAUAUCCUAUGGCUGAGCACAUAAUUUAUUGGUGCAUGCCUGACAAAAUGAUUUCAGAUGGUAUGUUGAGAAUUAGAGGUGAUGAGGAUGUGCAACACAUGAUCAGAGCUAGUAGUCAGCAUAAGGUGCUUGCACUAAUGGUUGACCAUGCAGAUUUCAUCAGUAAUUGCAGGGAAGAUUUGGUAUUGACAGUGCCAACAGUUCACAGUUCUGUCACGAUGGCCAGGUCAAAUGUUGUUGCAGCCAGUGCAGCAUCUUCUCACAGCCUCAUUUCAGUAAAUGUUGAAGAGCCCAUUUCAGAGGUGGCAACGGAUAACAUAGAAGCAGACAACUUGGUUGCUAAUGGAACAGAAACAGAGACUUUGCUAACUGAUGGUGUAGCAGCAGAUAACUUGCUGACAGAUGGUGGAGCAGUAGAGAAUGUGUUGUAUGAUGGUGCAGAGGAUGCAGUGCUCUCAGAUUCAGAGUUCAGUGAUAGUGAUUAUGACAUAGAUGAUGGAGAUGAUGAUUUAUAUGAAGACAACAUUGAUUUUGAUGUUGAUGAAGAAGCUGAGCAAGUUGAGGAAGAGGUGGAGCCAGACUAUUUACUUGAGGAUGAAGAUCUAAACCUCUCUGUUGAAGAGCAAGAGCAACUGAAAUACAAGUUCAAAGCUUUCAAUUCCAAGGUGGACAUGAAAUCCCCUAUAUUUAAAUUAGGGAUGGUAUUUUCUGAUGUGGUUGAGCUCAGGAAAGCUCUUACUGCUUAUUCUAUAAGGAACAGAGUGCAAAUCAAGAAGGUGAAGAAUGAUAAGAUGAGAUUAGAGGCUGUUUGUCAGAGAGGUUGCCCAUGGCUGCUUAAAGCUAGCAAGGACAACAGGACUGGAGGAUUUGUCAUCAAGGCCUACUUUGGAGAGCAUCUCUGUCAGAAAAAGUGGAAGUUGAAGGAUUUGACAGCUAAGUUUCUUUGCCAAUUUUUCUUGGAUGAGUUCAGAGAUGACCAGAAGAUGUCACUUGCAACCUUUUCAAGGAAAAUUACUAAGGAAUUCAAUGUUACUCCUAACAGAUGGAAGCUUCCCAGGGCUAGAAAGCAAGCACUUAAUGAGAUUCAUGGUGAUGAGGAAGAGCAAUUCAGUAGGCUUUGGGACUAUGGUCAAGAAUUAAGGACCAAAAACCCUGGGUCUACAUUUCUGGUCACAACCUCACUGGUGAAAGAUACAAAAUUUCCAUUGGGCAGGAAAUGUUUGAAAACAUUGUACUGGUCAUAUGAUGCAUGUAAGAGAGGGUGGCUAAAGGGCUGCAGGCCAAUCAUCUUCAUUGAUGGUUGUCACAUGAAAACAAGGUUCAAAGGAGUGCUACUCAGUGCUGUUGGUAUUGAUCCCAAUGACUGCAUAUUCCCAAUAGCAAUGGGAUGGGUGGAAGUUGAAUGCACAGGUUCAUGGGAGUGGUUUCUCACCACUCUCAGAGAUGAUCUCAACAUCACUAACACUGCUCCUUUCACAAUCAUGAGUGACAAACAGAAAGGUUUAAUAAAUGCAGUGCACAAAGUUUGGCCAGAUUCAGAACACAGGUUUUGUGUCAGACAUAUUUACUAG